AUGAACAACUUGGGUUUCAGCUUCGAUUCGUCAAAAAUCACCGAGCUCGCCGGCACAGUGGAGAACAACGGCGGUCUCGUCUUCGUCACAGCAUUCAGUGGUCUCUUUGCACCAUACUGGAUCACCGACACUCAAGGUACCAUUUUCGGUAUCACCCAACACACACAAAGAGGGCACAUCGCUCGCGCCACACUCGAGGCUGUCUGCUAUCAGACAAAAGCCGUGCUAGAUGCCAUGGAGAAGGACAGUGGUCACCCUCUCCAAGAGCUCAAGGUUGACGGUGGCAUGUCAAACAGCGAACUGUGCAUGCAAAUCCAAGCAGACGUCCUGGCCGAAAACAAGAUCCCCAUCGUCAGACCCAAGAUGCGCGAGACCACUGCAUUGGGAGCUGCCAUUGCUGCCGGCUUUGCCGCUGGUGUCUGGAAGAACUUUGACGAGCUAAAGGAGGUCAACACCGCUGGACAAACCGUCUUUGAGGCCAAGAUGGAGGCAAAGGACAGUGCUAAGGGAGUCAAGCGCUGGGAAAGAGCAGUCAACAUGUGCCGAGGAUGGCUUGUUGACGACGAGUAA